ACGCAGGAGCUUCUUGCUGCAGAAACCCUCUCUCGCAGCAAGAGCCAUUGGGCAGGCCCGAGGGCGCUGGCAUGGUCUAAGGCAGCAGGAACUGGUGUGAGAGCACAGUUGGGCCCAAUCAGCGCCUCGGCUCAAAGCGACCUGGGCAGAGAUUUGGGCCCUGACAGGCAGCAGGGUGUGUGUGAGUAGAGCAGGCAGCGGUCAGAGCAGCACCACAAGGCGUUUGUCCCAGCUGGGGCGGUGGGUGUUGCUGGGAGUCCUGGUGUUGGCGUGGCUGGUGGGAGUUUGUGCUAAACCUAGUAGCCCGCUGUGCAGAGCGUUGGCACUGGGGCGUUGCUGGAGGAACGAUGCUGGGGGUGGUGAUGCUGCUGCCAGAUGCUGGUAGGUUUGUCUGGCACAGGAGCACUGUGGGUGGGCAGAUGGCAGGCACCAAAACGCCAGGUGCCAGUGGAUUCUCCUCGCUCCAUCUGGAUGCUGAUGUGAGCUGAUCUCCUGAGGCAGCAGCUCCUCACCGGGGUUUAUAGCUCUGGGAUUCUGAUGUCCCUGCUUCAAGAGGAGCAAUUUGCAAGGAGAGCAAACUGGCUGGGCACCAGGAACUGCUGAAUCGUAGUCCCAGCUCUGAGGCCUUGAGCAAGUUACACCUGCCUCUGUUUCCCCGUCUGUAUGGUGGGGCAGCAUGAUAGAUCUGCAUUGGGUCUAGGGUAGCUGGUAUCAAAAGGCUCAACGUUGUUAGCAGCUGGUGGCCCAGGGCUUCACUCUGCUCCAUGCAGCCUCGUGGGCUUUGUGUUUGCAGCCCCGGCUCCCUGGGCUCCAUGGCAGCAGGGUUCCCCUCUGCUGCCCCCAGCUUCCAUGAGUGCGUUCCCCAACCUGGCUAACCAGCCCGCCUCUCUGCUCAUUCCAGAACGGGCUGAAUGCCCUGCAUCUGGCCUCCAAGGAAGGCCACGUGAAGAUGGUGGCUGAGCUGCUGCACAAGGAAAUUGUUUUAGAAACGACAACCAAGAAGGGGAACACGGCCCUGCACAUCGCAGCCCUGGCGGGACAGGAGGACGUGGUCCGGGAGCUGGUGAACUAUGGGGCAAACGUCAAUGCGCAGUCGCAGAAAGGCUUCACGCCCCUCUACAUGGCAGCGCAGGAAAAUCACCUGGAAGUCGUCAAAUUCCUGCUGGAAAGCGGCGCCAACCAAAAUGUAGCCACAGAGGACGGCUUCACGCCACUGGCCGUCGCUCUGCAGCAGGGGCAUGAGAAUGUGGUCGCCCACCUCAUCAACUAUGGGACGAAGGGGAAGGUCCGUCUGCCCGCCCUGCACAUCGCUGCCCGCAACGAUGACACCAGAACGGCUGCGGUGCUCCUGCAGAAUGACCCCAAUGCCGAUGUCCUCUCCAAGACCGGAUUUACCCCCCUGCACAUCGCGGCUCACUAUGAGAACCUCAACGUGGCCCAGCUCCUGCUGAACCGCGGUGCUAGCGUCAACUUCACCCCACAGAAUGGGAUUACUCCGCUGCAUGUGGCCUCCCGCCGGGGCAACGUCAUCAUGGUGCGGCUGCUGCUGGACCGAGGGGCCCAGAUAGAGACAAGGACCAAGGACGAGCUGACUCCCCUGCACUGUGCAGCCAGGAAUGGACACGUGCGAAUCAUGGAGAUUCUGCUGGACCACGGGGCUCCUAUCCAAGCAAAAACCAAGAACGGCCUGUCGCCCAUUCACAUGGCGGCUCAGGGAGACCACCUGGACUGCGUGCGGCUGCUGCUGCAGUACAACGCUGAGAUCGACGACAUCACGCUGGACCACCUCACGCCGCUGCACGUGGCUGCGCACUGCGGGCACCACCGCGUGGCCAAGAUGCUGCUGGACAAGGGGGCCAAGCCAAAUGCCCGAGCACUGAACGGCUUUACGCCCCUGCACAUCGCCUGCAAGAAGAACCACAUCCGGGUGAUGGAGCUGCUGCUGAAGACCGGUGCCUCCAUCGAUGCUGUCACGGAGUCUGGCCUGACCCCUCUGCACGUGGCCGCUUUCAUGGGGCACCUGUCCAUCGUCAAGAGCUUGCUCCAGCGCGGCGCGUCCCCCAACGUCUCCAAUGUGAAGGUGGAGACACCCCUGCACAUGGCGGCCAGAGCCGGGCACACGGACGUGGCCAAGUACCUGCUGCAGAACAAAGCCAAAGUAAAUGCCAAAGCCAAGGACGACCAGACCCCGUUGCACUGCGCCGCACGCAUUGGCCACACGAGCAUGGUGAAGCUUCUGCUGGAGAACAACGCCAACCCCAACCUGGCCACCACAGCCGGGCACACCCCCCUGCACAUCACUGCCCGGGAGGGGCAUGUGGACACCGCCCUGGCACUGCUGGACAAGGAGGCCUCGCAGGCCUGCAUGACUAAGAAAGGAUUUACCCCUCUCCACGUUGCAGCCAAAUACGGGAAGGUGGACGUGGCCAGGGUGCUGCUGGAGCAUGAUGCCCACCCCAAUGCGGCAGGGAAGAACGGCCUGACCCCGCUGCACGUGGCUGUCCACCACAAUAACCUGGAGAUCGUGAGGCUGCUGCUGCCCAAGGGGAGCUCCCCGCACUGCUCAGCCUGGAACGGCUACACCCCCCUGCACAUUGCGGCCAAGCAGAACCAGCUGGAGGUGGCCAGCAGCCUGCUGCAGUACGGGGCCUCUGCUAAUGCUGAGUCCAUGCAGGGCGUGAUGCCUCUGCACCUCGCUGCCCAGGAGGGGCACGCAGACAUGGCGGCGCUGCUCAUCUCCAAACAGGCCAAUGGGAACCUGGGCAACAAGAGUGGCCUGACUCCUCUGCACCUGGUAGCCCAAGAGGGGCAUGUGCCAGUCGCGGAUGUUCUGAUCAGACAUGGCGUCACGGUGGAUGCAGCAACCCGGAUGGGCUACACCCCGCUGCACGUGGCCAGCCAUUACGGGAACAUCAAGCUGGUGAAAUUUUUGCUGCAGCACCAGGCAGAUGUCAAUGCAAAGACCAAGCUAGGGUACACCCCUCUGCAUCAGGCCGCGCAGCAGGGUCACACGGAUAUUGUCACGCUGCUGCUGAAGCACAGGGCCUCCCCCAACGAGGUCAGCACGAAUGGCACCACGCCCCUGGCCAUCGCUAAGCGCCUCGGCUACAUCUCUGUCACGGACGUGCUAAAAUUAGUUACAGAAGAAACCAGCAUCCCGUUGGUCAGUGACAAGCACCGCAUGAGCUUCCCUGAGACAGUGGAUGAGAUCCUGGAUGUGUCCGAGGACGAAGGCUCUGCUCAGGUCACUGUCAUGGGGGAGGAGCUGGCUGACCCCAGGCCUGAGAAGCAGGAUUCCAGGGAGCAGGAUGAGGAGAAGGAGAUGGAGUUUGUCCCCAAGCUGGAUCAAGUGAUGGAGUCUCCAGCCAUCCCGCGGAUCCCCUGCGUCACACCUGAGACCAUGGUGGUCAGACGGGAGGAGUCUGAGCAGGUGGGUUCUGCCCCACCCAGGGCCAGGGAGUGUG